AUGGGAGGCACGACCUAUAGCAAUUCGCCCGAGUUCGGUUGGGUGGUACAGAAGUUUGGCGGAACGAGUGUGGGAAAGUUUGCGGGCAAGAUUGCCAGUGAUAUUGUCAAGGCAAGCUUGUCACGAAACAGAGUUGUCGUUGUGUGCUCAGCGAGGAGCACCGGCAAAAAAGCCGAGGGAACGACGAGCCGUCUCCUUGGCGUGUAUACUAAAUUAAAGGCCGUCGUGGCCAUUACAAAUUCCGAAUCAGAACAGGCCCAGCUUAUCGACGAGUCCAAGGGUCUUGUUAGCGACAUUUGCAAAGACCAUGUCGCCGCCGCGCAAGCAUCCGUCCAGGACCCUGCGCUGCGCGAGGCCCUCAUCAAGAGCAUCGAGUCGGAGUGCCAGGAGCUCUGCGACUAUGUCGUAGCCACGAAACGCUUCAACCUCGAGGUGAAUGCACGCUCAAAAGACCGCGUCAUUAGCUUUGGCGAGAAAUUGAGCUGUCUCUUUAUGACAGCCUUGCUGCAAGACUCGGGAGUUGCCGCCGAAUAUGUCGACUUUUGCGAUGCCAUCCAUGCCGACGGCCACGACUCGCUGGGUCCCGAGUUCUACAACACAGCCAUUGCAACAUUCACCAAGAAGCUCAACGCAUGCGGAGACCGGGUGCCUGUCGUCACAGGAUUCUUUGGCAAUGUGCCUGGUAGCUUGAUUGACGGCGACGUGGGCCGUGGAUACACAGACCUGUGCGCUGCGCUAUGUGCUGUCGGGCUCAAGGCCGAGGAGCUGCAGAUCUGGAAGGAAGUCGACGGCAUCUUCACGGCCGACCCGUCCAAGGUGCCCACGGCACGGCUACUGUCUUCAAUUACGCCCGCUGAGGCUGCUGAAUUGACGUUUUACGGCUCCGAGGUCAUUCACCAUAUGACCAUGGACCAGGUUAUCCGCGCCCAACCGCCCAUCCCGAUACGCAUCAAGAACGUCAAGAACCCGCGCGGCAUGGGCACCAUUGUCAUCCCCGAUCCUGUACUAGCAGCGUCGCAUCUGAUUCACCGGUCGCGCGGCUCUGCCUCUGACAUUGCCAAGAUGCCCAAGAGGCCCACCGCCGUCACGAUCAAGGACAACAUCAGCGUCAUUAACGUGCACUCCAACAAGCGAUCCAUCUCGCAUGGCUUCUUUGCGCGUGUCUUCUCCAUCCUCGACCAGCACUCGAUAUCAGUGGAUCUGAUUUCCACAUCAGAGGUCCAUGUCUCGCUAGCCAUCCACUCUGCCAGCACGCGGGUCGAGGCCUUUGCUAGCACCAAGAAGUGCCUUGAGGAAUGCGGCGACGUGAGCGUCCUCUCCGAUAUGGCUAUUCUUAGCUUGGUCGGUGCCGACAUGAAGAACAUGGUUGGUGUUGCAGGCCGCAUGUUUUCUACGCUGGGAGAGCACAAUGUCAAUUUGGAAAUGAUUUCACAGGGUGCGAGCGAAAUCAAUAUUUCUUGCGUCAUCGACUCCAAAGACGCGAGCAGAGCAAUGAAUGUUCUACACACACAUCUCUUCACGUUCCUCGACUAG